GAUGGUAACAGGGAAAAGAUUCAGGGUUCUCAGACGGAGGAGCAAGUGGCCAAGGAAGUCAGCUUUUCAGAGCUCAGCCGCAGAUCCAACUUGAAUUCGUUAAAGAUGGCAUGGAAGAGUAGUGGCCUAAUGCAAACAUGCAGAUUUCUUCUCUUAGUGAUUUUAUUUCUGCCACGUGAGAUGACCAGUUCUGUUUUAACUGUGAAUGGUAAAACUGAGAACUAUAUUCUAAACACUCAUCUUGGCUUUCAAGAAUCUCUGAGAUGUGCUGUUCAAAACCACACCAGAGAGGAAGAACUUCUCUGGUACCGAGAAGAGGGGACCGUAGAUUUGAAAUCUGGAAAUAAAAUCAAUUCCAGCUCCGUCUGUGUCUCUUCCAUCAGUGAAAAUGACAAUGGAGUCACUUUUACCUGCAAGCUGCAAAGGGAUCAGUUGGUGUCCGUCUCAGUGGUGCUGAAUGUCGCUUUUCCUCCUCUCUUAAGUGGAGACGACUUCCAAACGGCUGGGGAAGGCAGUGAUGUGAAGUUGGUUUGCAAUGUGAAAUCCAACCCCCAGGCUCAAAUGAUGUGGUACAAAAACAACAGCAUCCUGAAUUUAGAGAAAAAUCACCAAGUCCAACAGACAAGUGAGUCUCUUCAACUGUCAAUCACAAAAGUCAAGAAAUCUGACAAUGGAACCUACCGCUGUUUUGCAACCUCACCUCUGAAAACAGUGACCAAGGACUUUCACCUCUUUGUCACAGAUAGAACUGCGGCUGUACCCAUAGAACCCAUUAUUGCUGCCAGUGUUGUGGUCUUUCUGACACUGUGUUUUGGACUGAUUGCUAGAAGAAAAAGAAUCAUGAAGCUCUGCAUAAAGGGUGAAGAUCCUCAAAGAGAAACAGCUCUAUGAGAAAGCUGAGAUGCCACCUAAUACAGAAAGAAUUAUGCUUCAGAACCCUCUUCAUUUGUGUAGUCCCAUCUGUAUUUAUUGCUAUUAUUAAAUUCACUCCUGUUAAAUUGUCA